AGUAAUUAAAAAUAAGUACCAGAGAAGAAGAAGAUGGGUGUUAACCAUUUAUAUGUACUGGCACAUUAACUCCAUUACAUAAACUUGCAUUCCUUAGCUCUGUGUGCUUGACUGCCUCUUCAACAGUCGAGAAGACCGUGGAAAGAGAUCAGGAAAAUGGCAAUGAUGGGACCAGAGGUCGAUGACACCCUCAAGGCAAAACUGAGAAUUCUUAUUAACCACCAAAACGCUCUGAUAAUGAAAAUGGACCGGAUGGUUUUAACCUUCGAUCAGGAAUAUGAGAACAUCUCACUGGAUGAUUUAAGAAACAACCUGCCCAAGCAAGAGCCCAGGCUCAUUGCUUACCCUUACGAUUUCAUUGGAGGUGGCGGGACGAAGACAUACUACAAGAUACUUAUAUAUGUAGGCCCUACCGGGUGCAACCCAAGGGACCUGAUGUUGUACGCGUCCAACAUGGAUUUAGCGAGAAAUGAAAUGAAUGCCAACAUGUGUCUCAGCAUCGACAACGUGAAUGACUUGACCGAGCAGUGGCUGAAAACCAAGCUAGCCAACUGAGUUUGCAAACCAUUAAAAUGCUUAUGAUUUAGCUCCCAUUUUUUAAACGCUAAUAAAUGGAUGGACCUAUAUGA